AGGCAUCCUCUCAAAUUACUAGCAAACGCCAGAAUUGCUAAUCUUAUAGGCGAAGUACAAAGACCCUUACCCCUACGUAGGCAGCGCCGCCAUAAAUGACCGGUGUUUCGCGCUUAUUCUGCAGGCACAGGAAAUCUAGGAGGCGUUGGCUCAGGUCCCUAGAUAAAAACAUCUUUUAACCUUGCCCUUGUUUUAUCUAGGGAGCUAUUAGAGCGUGAUGUGCGUCUAUUUGUUUACCUCUUGCCUAUCACCACCAUGUGGUGGACAGACGCGCCACUUUCAUAUUGUUGACUCGUCUGAGAAGUUUAGUUCGCCAUCACUGAAGCGCCAGGGUGGCUUUGACGCUGCCAGAGCAUUGAAGGACUCUGACGCUGCCGAGAUUCGUCCACUUCGCUGAAUAUACUCGCGAAGGUGUCAUCUGCUGAGGCGUCAGUGACGAGUGGAAAAGUGGUACCAAUGGUGCCAACGCGGAACGUCAAACGCACUCAAUGGACGGCACGCGAAAUGUGUGUGUUCACCGACAAGCAGCCAACAUUCGCAGGUUGUGGUGAAGGUGGAACGACCUUGUUGGGCAUCCAAUACCAGGUGUGCAGCCUGGGCUUUUCAAGCUACUUAAACCAUAUCGUAACUGAUCAGCAGCCUUUGCAAGUGCAUUCCCAGAAACCCUCCCCAAUAUGUCUUGGUCCCCUCUGUGGAGUAGAAAAGGACUCGCAUGAUUUUAAUAUUGACAAGCAAUGCAUUGCACUACCCUCUUCUUGGAAAUCAUUGACGAUUUUACACUUGUGUUGGAGCUUAAUACGUUAUGAACAUGAAAAACUGUGACGGUGGUAUGACUGUCAUUUGGACUGCUACUAAUGACCCAUUGUAAUGAAACAAGUGAAAUUGACUAUGCAGUUCCUGCACUGUUAUUCAAUUAAAAUUCUAAAGACUGUAAUAAUCUAUUUACAAUAUAUGUGUUGAAAGCUUUACUGUAAAGAAAUUAUGCCUUCCUUACAUGGCCUUGGUUCAGUUUAGGUAUUUAUUGAUGCACAUCAUGACACAUCUGUAUGUGCUAGGAGAAGAUGUUUGUUUUAUAAGGAACUGAAUUGCUUGCUGGUAAUACUUUGAUGAUGCACUGCAAUAUAUAGAUAGUAAUGUAAGCGUACAGCAGAAGUCUCGUGUUACUUUAUUGUGCCUUUUUCUCUAUAAAACUUUUGUGUAUAUCCGCAUAGUCUCAAGAAAAUCUUCCAAUUAUAUGGCCAAACAAACUUCAUUUUUGAACGAUUUAUUGUCUUUUUUUUUUUUCAGUGCACUAGUUAAGCAACAACCACUUCAGUGUGCCUUAAUGUGUCUUCGUUUUCUUCCAUAAUCGAACAUUAUUAUAUUGUUAUGGAGAUAAAGCGAAGGAAGUCAUAGGCAUUUCUUCCAUCAUCAAGCGUUGUUAUGUUACGGUAUAUUGUUACAAAGAUAAAGUGAAGGAAGGCGAAGGGCAGAAGGAGCUAACAGGCAAGUGAGUUAGUCACCUGUAGGCAAAGCACAGGCAACAGUCAAUAUUCAUGGAUCAAAAUGUAGUAAUUGUCUUAAUUCAGUGUAAUUAGUUAUACAUUGUCAUAAAGAGGAAUAGUAUCUACACGUGUGCGUGAUCGUGUGAGUGUCUGAAACUAAUAGCUCACUUUGUAUUCUAUGCCAAUAUUAUGCCUGCAUUCAAGCAGGAUGGAAACCUUAAUGAGAAAUGUAGUAACAGUGCUAGUAUUUAUGGAGAACCAUUUUUCUGUGCAAUCCUGUCAUGAGUAAGAGCGUGCGAGGCAUGUGCCGAGAGCUGGAACUCUGUGUCAGUACGCGAGACCCCAAUGGUGCAGAUACACACCACAUUCACGUAUAGGAUUGGUCAGAGAAAAGCUUGCGGCGCGCGAGCCACGCCGUGAUCAAAAAUCCCAGAGGAUGAGCUAGCACUGUGCUGUGGAGCUUCAAACUGCCAAGGUCAGCAAGGUCAGCGACGAAAGCAGUAGCCGCCCAGUUUUGAAGGGUAUCGGCGUAAGAGGUCCGGGAAGUGGCCAUUGACUUCGGAAGGUCUCGAGUGAGGCUGCCCGGACUCGCCGCAACCUUGCACUACAGUUCCUGGGGGACUACAGCUUUUCCACUUUGAUCUAGAACGAAUGUGGCCCACACCAGUCAAGGGAGCGCAUCAUCAAUGAUGCCAUGGACGAAUUUGAUUUAACCAAGCAGGCCGAAGAUGAUGAGUAAAACCGGGACACCAGCAAUGAGCGGCCGCGACGAUGGGUAGCGAGCAGGUGCAGAAAAAAGCUCAAAAAGACGCUGAACUGUGAAGAAGCACAGACUUAAGCAGGGUUUCUUCAAUUAGUAAAUGCUUUUGUGCAAAACAUCUGGACAGUGGAAUAUGUUACGAGUGACUUGAGAUGUCACCUUAGGCCGAGUUGAGCUUUUUAAAUAUAGUGAAGAUUUAGGGCAGGUAGUGGAUAUUGCACAGAUUUUUCGGAAUAUUGGGUGUUGAGUACUGUGUCUAAUUAGUCUUGCGGGUGCAGUCGUAUAGCCUUAGAUGAGGAACUUGUGGACAUGUGAACAGUCGAGUGUAGUGUUUGAUGCGUGUUGGUGAAAGUGUGUAAUAGCUUGGUGUUGUGCCAAGUGAAUAUCGAUAAAAAUGUGCAGCGAUGGAAGGUGAUGAUGCACCAGGCUGCGCCUGAUUGGCCAUAAAAGUGAUGACACUGACAGGAUAACAGAAGGCCAAAAUCACAGGAAAUAAGAACAAGAGCAGUUUUUUUUUUUUAGAAAACACUCUUGAAAAGGGAGCCAAUGUCAUGAGUAAGAGGGCGAAAGGCACGUGCCGAGUGCCAAAACGCGGCGUCGAUGCGCGAGAUCCCCAUGGUGCAGAUAAGCGCCACGGUCACGUCGAGGAUUGGUCAGAGAAAGGCUCGUGGCACGCAACCGGAGCCGUGAUAUAAAAUUCCUGAGGAUGAGCUGGCACUGUGCUGUGGAGCUUCGAACUGCAAAGUUCAGGAAGGUCAGUGUCGCUACAGCGACGAAAGCACUAGCCGCCCGGUUUUGAAGGGUGUCUGCUUAAGAGGCCCACGAAGUGGCCGUCGACCUUGGAGAUCUCGAGUGGGGUUGCCCGGAUUUGCCACAACCUUGCACCACAGUUCCUGGGGGACUUCAGCUCUUCUGCGUUGAGCGGGAACAAAUGUGGCCCACUGCAGUCACUGGAGCACAUCAUCAAUAAUGCCAUGGACGAAUGGGAUUUUAUAAAGUGGUCCGAAGUUAACGAGUAAGACCAAAACACCGGCAAUGAAGGCUAGUGAAUCGCCAAGUGGACGCGCACAGACGACGAUUAUGGCGAAGUGACACCGCUUUGUUGUAGUUCUGAGGAUGGCAUGUGAACAGUAAGAAUGUUCUACUAUUGCGGGACGGCAUGAUUGUGGCCACCAAGACACCAUUUUGGCUAGAGAAAGAUUAGGCUUAGGACUGAACUUGACUUAGAUUGAUAUUAGUUACGGUUUCGUUGUUUAGCCAGUUAUUAUGUGCAUGUCUUUGUUUUUCGUGGUAUUUGAGGGUUUUCUGAUGUUUUGCUGUUUUGCCCAGUAUUAAAAGGGUUUGCUCUGUUA